AUGACCCCUUUGCGAUCGCAAGUUAUUGCACUUUACAAGCAGUUGGCCUAUCUUGGACGAGAAUACCCGCUAGGAUAUGAGAACUUCUUCAGGCCACGACUGAAAUCCGCCUUCAUGAAGAAACGCGAUUUGACGGAUGAAGAAGAGAUUAAAAAGGCUAUAGCCAUGGGUGAAUACGUUUGUAAAGAACUUGAAGCUCUGUACUACCUUCGUAAAUAUCGUGCCAUGCGUAGACGCUAUGUGCAGUGA